AUGGUCGUCACACAAUACCGGAAUGUUAGUAUAAACCGCCUCGCAUUCUUCAUGACACCCAUGCUCACAGAAAGCUCAACAACUCCCCUAACAUCCCUACAAAUUGUUGGACUAUUUCUACAUUCAACCAGUAUUCCUUACAGAAUACCAUUGCCCGGACUGCACAUACACAGGUCCACAUGGGCGACGGCAGUGCGCACAACGGGUAUGUGUUGGCUCUCUACGCUGGAACCAAAUAACAGACAUCAAAGCGCGCGCACCGAGAAGUUCGGCGGUGUCGGGGGAUUGGUAUUUGGGAGAAAAGGAGUUUCGGGGGGUGAGGGAGUAGUGAAGGUGGAGUCGAUAGGGCUGUCUUGUUUCACGGUGGGAAUCCGGGGUGGGCGGGGCGUACCUGAGGCAAGUGGUGGGGUCCUUUGAAGAGAAGCGAAUAUCGCUGAGGGCCAGAAAUGCUAUGAUAUUUCCCUUGUGAUUGACAGCCUGUGCCAUCAGGCAAGGAAGGGAGAUAUCGCUGCUGUGGGCCUGUACUGCGAUUACCUUUCCAAACAAGAGCAGACAAUCACCAACAUGAUGGGAGCUAUUCUGAGGCAGCAAGUAGGUAGAGGGAACAUCCGGAAAUAUCCGCGCGGGACGUUUCAUAAAGGGAAAACAGUUUGGUGGGAGGGGGCUGAGACUCCCGGACCUGAUGGGAGUUCUAAGGGCCGCCAUUGCCCCGCUACCCCAAAUUUUCAUCUGUACCGAUGCGUUGGACAAGUGCUUACCGAAGAAUGUGCUAGAGCUCCCCAGGCAGCCGAGAGAAGUUAUUCUGGAGUCCCCGGGACGUGAACAUUCCUCACCGGGAGGCCCCACGUUCAAAGAUAUUUCACCAAGGCAGUUGUGAUACCCAUCAGCCCAAACACGGUUGAUAUUGGGAACUAUCUGGCCAUGAGGUUAGACAGGGACCCCGAGCCGGGGGCGGUGAAUGAUGAUUUACGGGCGGAUAUUGUUAGAAUUACCUUGGAAAGGAUAUCAGAUAUAUUCCUACUUGUUUCACUAAGCAUCGACUGUACUUGCUACACAAUGGGCCAAACCACGAUAGCCUUGUCUUCGCCCCCUUGCUGAAUUGCAAGCUAGGCCAAAUCUGGUAUCAUAUGAUUUCAAGGACGGGCGUAUUCGAAAAGUGAAGGUUUAGGGCUUUAUUUUACGGUACGAUAUAUAGUCUGCAAAAAGAGAUCGGCGGAUGAUCACUUGGUGGUAUUGAAAGAGAAAUUGGUGGAAGGAUAUUACUGUAAACUGACAACUUGAGGAUAUAGAAGACGAGCGUCUUAAGCUUAACUUAGUAUUGUAUCCAUCCCCACCCGUUGCCUGAGGCGGGCUGUGCUAUCGCCGCCGCCCGGGGAAGGAAAAAAUAGCUAUGAUAUUGACAAAUAAUAGGAAUGGAGAACAACGAGAAAGGAGAUGACAUGGACCGAGUCUGUCUAACCGGAUAUCCAAGAAAGGGAAAGGUGGAGAAAAGAAAAAAAGAUCGAAAGAAGAUGCAGAGCAAAUAGCGAGUCGAAACAGGAAAAAACACUCUCUAUCAAAGCCUAUUAACACUGUUCGGCAAUUAGUUAUGGAGCGGGAAUAUUUCAGGUAACGAAGGAAGAAUGUAAAUGGGAAAAGCCGAAAGACAGGCAGUCGAUCGCAAGUGAGAGAAUCUACCGAGUGAUGCUAGGGUGGGCGCCAGCUUUCCCGAGGGAGGUGCUAGAAGCUUACAGGUCGCAUGGACUGCUCGGUUGAGGGGGGU